AUGGCGAUGAGAGGAGUGCUGGUCGCCGUCGUGGUCGUGGCGGGGCUGCUCCUGCACGCCGCCAGCGUGGCCGAGGCGCAGACCCUCAGGGCUGGGUACUACAACCAGACGUGCAAUAGAGCCGAGAGCAUCGUGUUCGAGGAGGUCCAGAAGGCGUGGAAUGCGGACAGGAGCAUGCCAGCGGCCCUGCUCCGGCUGCACUUCCACGACUGCUUCGUCAAUGGGUGCGACGGGUCGGUGCUGCUGGAGUCCGGCGACAACCAGGCGGAGAAGAACGCGCCGCCGAACCGGAGCCUCCGCGGGUUCGAGGUGAUCGACAGGGCCAAGGCGAGGAUCGAGGCCGUUUGCAAGGAGACGGUGUCGUGCGCCGACAUCCUCGCCUACGCGGCCAGGGACAGCGUCAGGGUCGCGACCGGCGGGUACGAGUACAAGGUCCCCGGCGGGAGGCCGGACGGCACGGUGUCGCGGGCGAGCAUGGCGAACAGCGACCUCCCUCCUCACAAGCAGCGGAACGUUGACCUGCUGGCGCAGUACUUCUUCAGGAAGGGCCUCUCCAUGGACGACGUGGUGGUCCUGUCGGGCGCGCACACGCUGGGGGUGACGCGGUGCGGCACCUUCGACUACCGGCUGAUGAGCGACCAGGACAAGGGCAUGAACGCCACGUUCAGGAACGAGCUGAGGCGGCAGUGCGGCUACGACGCGAACAGGGUGGUGCCCCUCGACGCCGGCAGCCCCUACGGGUUCGACACCAGCUACUACGCCAACGUGCUCGCCAACCGCACCGUGCUCGAGUCCGACGCCGCGCUCAACUCGCCCCGGACCGUGGCCAGGGUCAGGGAUCUCAGGGCCGCCGCGCCGUCCGCCUUCUUCAGCAGCUUCGCGGUUGCCAUGGGGAGAAUGGGCGCCAUCCGCGGCGGCAACCCUGGAAAGGUCCGCGUUAACUGUAGGAGGGCCAGGACGUGA